GAGCAGCGCACACAGUCAUCCUUUGCAGAGCUAGCACUAGCAGUGAUGUCGAUGAUGAUGAGCUCCUACACCCUCCCGAGCCUGGUGCCGGCGGCGCCACCGCGGGCGCCGGAAAAGUUGUUCUCUCCCGCCGCACUGCAGCUCCGCAAACAGCGAGCAGCAGCGGUGGCAUCGCCAGGCGCGGCUCUCCCUUGGGCCCCAUGGAAGCUGCCCCGGGCUCUUCGCUUGGCGUGCCAUGCGCAGCCGCACACUUACGACAUCCCACCGAGUGCCCUGGUGACCCCUAAGGUGGGGCAACACGGCCACUGGAAGAUCAACGAUGACGACGACCGCAUCACCCUCGAGUUCAACGUGGGAGACAAGACGGAGGAGGGUAAUCUGGAGGUCGCAACGACCAAGGACCAGGCGCUCCUGGUCAUCAGGUACACGGGCGACAGAAGCGACGACAGCCCGGCGACCUCGCUGGACGCCCGCCUGCUGAUGCCUCCAGGCUGCAACAAGGUGAUGAAGGCGGAGAUCCUCCCUAACGGCUGGCUCGAGGUCAUCAUCGCCAAGCCGAAGCAAGAGCCCGUCAACAUAAAAGUCACCAAGCAAAACAAAAUAGACUCAUAAUCAGCGACGGUCGUUGGAACACCAUCUCCGAUCAAGAAAUAGAGAGAUGUUCUCUGCUCAACUGUUAAUGUAGUAAUGUACGGACAAGCAGUAUGCACAUGUAGCUUGUACUGUCAUAACAAUUAAGCAAUAAACAAAUAAUCUUGUCAA